AUGUCAACAUCGCCGACCCACGAGGAGUUAGCUGAAGAUGCUAGCUCCCAACAGCUCCCCACAGAACUUACUCCAAGUGACAUACUGGCCGCUAUAAACUCACUAAGCGAGAAGGUGGACCCGAGGUUGGCUGAUAUCUCAAAGAGUAUUGGGCCUUUGACUGAAACUGUGAAGGCAACCAAGGGCAGGGUGCAUGAGGUCGAGCAGACGACAGUUGAUCACGAGGCCAGGCUACAGGACAUUGAGAAACAGUGA